AUGGAUCACCCAGCCGCAAAAUUACCCAAGGUAGCUGCCUUAGCAAACGGCAUGAUUUCUGAAAUACAUGAAAUAAUAGAUAGCCAUCCAAGCAUUGGAAUCUCAGUUUGGGUUCAUGACUUGCCGGAGGAGCUCUUACAGGGCAUCAGUCGUUUCGUGCCCACCCACCAGCGCGGCGUCAUGCGGCUGGUGUGCAGCAGCUGGUGUGAGGCCAUCUCUAAGGACGUGACGCAGCUGCAGCUGCCGCUGGCGGCUCUGACGGCGCCUCCCGCCUGGCAGGCAUCCCUGCUGGCAAGCCCUAUGCCCCCGGUCCGCCCAGCCACACGGCUUCCUUCCAGCUGCGCACUGGCACCAGCCGCAGCGGCGGCGGCGGCGGCGGCGGCGGUCUCCCCUCGUGAGGCCGCCCUGCGGCGGCUGUUCUCGCGCUUCCCACACGCCCGCCACUUAGUCUUGCUGCACAAUGCGGUGCUUCCGCCGCCCGCGGUGAAGCGCCGUACUGCCGUCUUCAUAAAUAACAAUAUCAAACGUACGGAUGAACUGUCCUUAUCGCAACUUGGGCGCCACUUCCAAUCCCCCCAAACCACCUUAACGUCUAGGUUCGGCCGGGAGCUGGAGAGGCUCGUGUCCCCGCACUGGUCGUUGGAGCGGUUGCGGGUGCGGUGGUUAAUGGGGGAGGCCCCUCGGACUUUCUUCACGUCGCGUGGUUUCACCCGGUGGGUGAAUGCGAUGACGGGGGUGGCACCGGACCGUGUGGGACUGAUACAGUCCCUGGAGUUUGCAUGGGCGGAGCUCUCUGACGGGUCCUUCGAUCGCCCCAUCGGCGGCGGCGCCGCUGCAGCUGUCGCUGGCGCCGCCGACGGUGGUGGCGGCGCCGCUCUGGCGCUGGCGCCGCCGUUGCCUCCCUGGAUGCCGGAGCCGUACCACGCCGCGCUGCCGCCACCGCCGCCGCCGCCGGAUCCCUUAGCGAACAUGAACCCCGCCGCAGCGGCGAUGGCGAUGCUGGCGGGAGGACACGCAGAAGCGGAUGCCGUAUUCCAGGCCGCAAUGGACGGCCACAUGGCCGAGGAAGAAGCUGGACUCAUGGGUCAUUUUCUGGGCCAGGGCGACCGUUGGAAUCAGUUAGGCGGCCUGUCGGACUCCGCGACGGCGGCGCUGGGGUUGCGGGGCGUGCACGCGGGUGGAGGACCAGCGGCGGCGGCGGCGGGAGGCCUGCGACCGGGCUUGCCACUGUCGUUGUGCGCCUUUUCCAACCUCAAGUCGCUGUCCCUGUGUUGCAUGGCCAGCCACGCCCCCGCUGACCACCUGCUGCGGCUGCUGCUGCGGUGCCGCCGGCUGGAGAAGCUGUCCCUCGUACACCACGAAGCAUACGCCAGCUGGCCAGUACGGCGCGCGCAGCUGGACCUGAUGAAUGCGCUAGAACAGGUCGUACAAGAGGAACUCGGGGUUAUUGAGUCCUCAACCCCGCCGCAACCCGGCAAUAGCCACCAUCACCCGGCCUCCGUCACCGCCGCUGCGGCCCCGGCCGCGGCUGACGUCGCCAACGUUGCUGGCGCCGCCGCUGAAGAGGGCGCGGGCAGGGCCAGCGGCAGCGGCGGUACUGUCGGCUGCGGCGGCGCGUCCUGGUGGCCGUCUGACCUCGUCUUGCGGCUCCGUGAGCUUCAGCUGCCCGCCACACCUGCGCUGUUGGCGCUGCUACACCUGCCGCGCCCGGCGUUGUCGCGUCUGGAGGUGCUGGACCUGCAAGUCAUCAUGGCGCAGGGCUUUGCUGGGGCACUGGGGGGUAGCGACCAGGCGCUGGCGGGUACGGCAAGGCUGGUUUCGGCGCUCAAGGCCGUACGAGCCUCCGGAGCUCGCCUCCGUGACCUGUUCCUGAAUAACGUGGACCUCAGUCCCCAUCUGCUGGAAACCAUCACUCAGAUUGACACCCUGGAACAGCUGAGGCAGUUCUUCGCGGACGAAGGGGGGAAGGAGCGCAAGGCGGGGGCUUUGGCGGCGUUGGCGGUGUUGGUUUUGGAGGUGGUGGAGGGGUUGUGGGUCCCUUUGGGAGGGAUGAUUUCGCCGCCAGGCUGGUUUCCACGGCAGCGGAAAUGGCAGCUGAGAUAUUCGGGAUUGGGGGAGCAGCAUCUGGGUCGGGAGUGGGCGGUGGCGGGUGGUUUGAGAGGUUACAGGGAGACGGAGGACAGGGAGGAAGUGGAGGAGGAGGGCGGUGUGGAAGUGGAGAAGGCAGGUGAAGCCGCCGCCGGCUGCGGCUUUCCGACGGGACCCCAGGCGUCUGAUGGCACCGCCGCCGCUGCCGCCGCCGCGACACCGGCGGCAGAUGGCUCGUUGAUCAAGGGCGAAGGGACCUGGCCGUUGCCCAGAGAGCCGACAACGGCGGCGGAGAAAGCGGCGACGGCAGUGGCGGCGACCGCAGGGCUUCCGCCUCCUCCGCCGCCGCCACCGCCGCCGUUGAAGUUCGAACCCUCCGCCGCCUCUGCGACCCUCCCCGCGCUCAAGGCAGAUCCCUGGCGGCGCAACGCCGUACUGCUUCGGAGGUGGCUGGAGGCAGGUCUCGAAGCCGCUGCAGCCGCAGACGCAGCCUCGAAGGCUCCGUCCUGCGGCGGAGGCACCGCCGCCGUCGAGGAUGCCGGCGGCAGCGGUACCGACAGCGGGCCGGGUCCUAGCGAGGGGUCAGGCGUCCCUUUCCAGCCAAGAUCGCAGCGGCUACACAGGGCAGAGGGCAAGGACUGUGGCGGGAUGGCGCAGGCGGCGGCGGGCUGUGCCUCAUCCGCCGUGGACGUGGAUUUGCAUGGCACCAGCGGUGGGGUUCUUGACGGACGAAUCGGCAUCGGGGAGUCGGUUGGUGUGGAUGUUGUGGCGGCGUAUGCUGCGCAAGUAUGCGCGGCGGCUAGGGCGGCCCUUCCGGGGCCGCUGAGCGACGCGGCCCCGGCGGCGGCCACUACGGCUACUGCCGGGGCUGCAGCAGGAGGUAGCGGCAUGGCGGCAGCGGCGGCCGCAGCGGAUGCCGCUGCGCGCGCGCUUGGGGAGAUUACUUUCUCGCCCAGCGGAAAAUUGGCCGCCUCCAUCGCCAUGUUCUUGCGCGAGUUUGGGUGCUUUCUUGCAUCUGUAGCGACGUUGUACGGCCGCGGCCGGCGUCAGAGGCCCGCCAGCGGCCAGUCCGCCGCAACGGCUGUAGCCGCUACUGCAGCAGGACCUGCUACAGCCACAGAUGCAGCAGCAGCGGCGAUCGCUUCCGCCGACGCUGAGGCGCUCGCAGCUGCGGAGACGCAGGUGGAUGCAGCGGCCGCUUAUGCAGUCAUGUCCUCCGCCAUGUCUGCGACGGCCGUCACUGUGACGACGGCGGCCGAGUACGACACUGCCGCAGCCGCAACCUGCGCUACUGCUGGGAGGAUUUACGGUGGAUUGUUGGCACGUCUGUGCGACAACACGGCGCGGGGGAGAGUCGGUAGUAGUCGUGGUGGUGGUUUGAGGAAUCCAUUUAAUGAAACGGGGCUGUUACUCCUGCUGUGUGAAGCGAUUCGCGCUUGCAGCGGGACGUUACGACAGCAGCUGAUGCGCUUGCAGCGGGAGGGCGCGCCGGCGGCAAUGCGGGCGCUGCGUGCUGGCGGUAUGCGCGGUACAUCGCAUACUGAAUCAGAUCUGGUGACCACGCUACUCAGUUGGGCGCAGCUGGCAGAGACGCUGGAUGCGGUUUUGCUGGCGGCGGAGGCUGCGUUGAGGGGAGUGGCGGCGGCAGGGUCGGAUACGGAGCAUCGGCUGCCCGUCGCCGAUGGACCAUCAUCAUCAUCGCCGGCGUCGGCGUCGGCGUCUAUAGCAGAUCCCGCCGCCGCCGCCGUCGUGGCGGCAUCGGCGUCGGCGGAUCCGGAGGCCGUGAUGGAGGCGCUUGUAGCGGCGCGACCCGCGGGUCAGCUGCGGUCCGCGGCGGAUGAGGGGCUGCUGAGUAUGCUCAGACUGGACGGGCUCACUCGGCUGACGCGGCUGCGGCGACUGUGUCUGGACCUGAGUCCGGAUAACUCCGUGCCGCUGCCGGUGGCGAGCACCCUCCGCGUGCUGCUGCGGAGUCUGCCCUCCCUGGAGUCGCUCCAUGUCACGGAUCAGUACUGCCAUCCGGAAAAGCGACUGAUGGGCUCGCUGGCGCUCCCGGGUGUCGCCGCUGAGUACGGCGGCGGCGGCGGCGGCGGCGGUACCCUUGCUGCUGCCGCCGCAAACCGGCUCACGAGCUUGACCCUUGCGGCGCGACAACCGCGUCGCGUGUGGCGGGCGUACACGGCCGAUGGGACGGGCGCCCUGUUGGUGCCUGCUGCAGUCAACAUCCAUGACGCCCUCGCGGCCGCACCGCCGAAUGUAGCGGCGCUGCUGGCCCCCCUGGAUCGUACGGAGCUUUCUGGCGCGUUGUGUGAGCGCGACAUGCUGGCGCACUGGGGCAUGAUACCCCGGAACCUUCGAGCGCUUUGCCUACAUCGAGUACGGCUGCUGGACAUGCCGAGUGAUGCGCUUACUGGGAGCCGGGACGAAGGGCUAUUAGGGCCGCUGCAUGGUGAUGGUGGCAGCCUGGUGAUGGACGCCGCCGCAAUGCGGAGCCACGUGCCGCUGCCGCUGCCGCUGCCGUGGCGGCGAGCGCCUUCUGCCGUACCGGCGCUGCUACAGCACCUCUGGCUAUCCAACGUCACCCUAACGGCGCCCACGGACUUCGCGGCUCUGCUACGGGAGCUGCUGGCGGCAGCGCCCGUCCAAGCCACUGGCGGCUCCCCCAUCGGCGCAGCUCUCCGCCUUCUAUCCACCGCUCUGGGCACCUCAGACUCCGUGUGCAACGGUGCUAGUAACGGCCUGCGUCGCCAGCAGCAGCAGCAGCAGCAGCAGCCCCAGGCCCCGCCAGGGGGCCAUCACCGCGUCGGCCGUGUACGACUCGCCUUUGGAGAGAUCAUGGCGUCAGUGGCUAAGCACGCCUCCGCCGCGCAGGCACUGGUGGCCUCCGCAACGACGAACGCGACAGCGAGGGCGCCUGCGGGAGACGCACGCACGUCCCAGCGUUUGGUGAUGAGCGGGGAGGAAGUGGGGCUGCUGUGCAAGAUGCAGUCCCUCCGCUUUCUCGCGCUGGACAGCUGCCUGCGGCUGGAGGACGUGUGUCGCCUGGCGGCUCUGACGGCGCUGCGCACACUGGCUUUGAGUCCCAACGUGGUGGCGAGUGAGGAGGCACGUGCGCGCCUGGAUGUGGAGAUGGCCUCGCGAUACAGCCCCUCGCUGCAGGCUGCCCUCAUGCAGCUGGCACCGCUGACGGGCCUCAGGGGGCUGUGGCUGCCCGAGUGGGCGGCCAGUAGGGCGCAUGUGUUGAUGUGGCAGUCGCAGCUCGCGGCUCUGGGUCCGGCGUUGGUGACCCUGCGCGUCAUGGACCACGACAAUCUGUGGCGGCUACCCACACCAGCGGGGUGCCCGGAUGUGGCCGACUCACUGCAGUGGUGGCAGGCGGAGUCCCAUCCAGGCGGGAACGUGCAAAGUCCAGCAGUAUACAGUGUGGCCCUUCAUUGCCACUGCCUGCAGCCCCCAGGGAUGCCCUCUCUGCCUCUGAAGCCUCGCUCAGCCCUGCAACCCAGUGAUGCCCGGCAGCUCUAUAAGCAGCAGGUUCUGGGGCUGAAUGUCACCAUGCAAGAAGCCUGCACAGGCACCCUGCACUGCCUGGAAAGUGUGCAGGACUGCACAGACCACAUUCUUAGGGAGUGGCCGCUUCAUGUCUGA